AUGCAGACCUCCGGUCUUUUCUCCAAAAAAAUCGCCGUUUAUUGUAAAUUCAGAAGAAAUAUUUUCAACACCAUUAACCGAAAUGACGAAACGCCAAAUUUGAAUACUAUCCAUUUGAGCACUUCUAUCGAUGGGGAGGGCUACGUCGGAAAAGACCAAACGAAUAAAUAUGAAGAAGCAGUAGAUAGGGAAGCACACCUGUGGAAGGAGGAACACAUCCCGUACAAUCUGAUAAGAGAAAAACAUCUCUAUGGAGUUAACUUAAAUGUCGAUAUUUUUCUCCUCAAAAAUUAUAACAUCGUGUUUUUCCUGCAUAAUGUAAUUAAUAUUUACAACCCUGUAAUAAAAUCUUUGAGGACUCUGUUCACGAAGAAUGAUUGCGUCAUCACUUGCUCGUUCCUGCAUGGGGACUCGCUCCUAGUUGUGUUGUAUGGAUCCGCCCAGUGUUCAUGCAUACAAAUAUACUGCACAGAAAGACAAACCCUGAAAGAAGAAAUAAAGUUAGAGGAUCAUGACUUUUACGAAAAAAUUUACGUCCAGAAGGAGAGUAACUACUUGGUGUUGAUAACGAAUAAACGGGUUCUGAAGGUUCUAGAUUCAGAAAAAAAAACUUUCAUUUUAAAUAUGUACCUGCAUCUGGAGUAUUGCAACAUUGCACAGUAAAUGGAGGAAACAUGGAUCCUCCUCGGAAUGGAGAAAAGCAAAAGCCAGCAGUUUGACAGCCUUCUGUGGAACAUGUACUACGAUUUUUUUUUAAUUUUAAGGAGAAAGAAGCUGUUUUUGUGGAACUUGGAGAGGACCUACACGGGCCUUAAAAUUAAAGAGAAGAGCCUGGAAAUUGACUCAACGCUACAAGUGAACUGCUUUGGGUUUUGCGAGGGGAGCAUUCUUAUUGGGACAUCUGACGGAAGACUUUUCCUACUAAAGGACCUUGUGGAGAAAUGGAUAAUAAAAAAUGAAAAUGGAAAAUUUCACUUCCACAAAAAUAUAUCCUACGUACAUUACUACGACGGGUACAUAACUACCAAGGAUGGGGACUCCCUCAAAUUGUGGGCUUGCCAAUUCAGCGGAGCCAACCUACCCGCGCACAAAGAAUUAAUGAUCAAACUGGAAAAAGACGUGUCUGUCCAAGUGAACAUAAGCAAAAUAAUAUCUCAUAAAAAGUUCUUCCUACUUAUUGACAAAAAAAACUGUGCCAUAUAUUCUUCAAAAAAAAAUAACUACGAUGAUUUAAGCACAUUCUUUUACUCACAUAACAGCAAAAUAAAAAAUAUUUUCUCCUGUGAAAAUCACAUCUUCAGUUUUAGCUACAAUGGAAAAAUUUUUAAUUACCAAUUGGAUGAGAAAAAAGUGGAAAGAAAUUAUUGUCUUCAUAAAUUUAGAGACUUCAUUACAUGCGUCAAGUACCUCUACUGCGAAAAUGAUUUUUUUUUUUUCUGCAUUGGGUUUAAUAAUGGGGUUAUAUACAUAGUAAAAAUGAAGCACCUCUUUCUGGAUGUUGUGAGUUGCGUAAAGACAAGCAAUAAUCCUAUUGUCCAUAUUGAGAAGAGCGAAAAUUCCAAGUACAUAUGUGUCAUUGCGCAGGAGGAACAGUAUGUUUUUUUUUUGUACAAGGAUGAGGAUUCGUUUAAGCCACUGGGAUAUUUGAAGAUUUGCGAAGCGCAGUUGAGGGGCUCCUUCUACUUACCCUCCACUCGCUCGUUUUACGUCUUGGGGGUGCGCAACCUGCUCUUCCGGGUUUGCGCGGAGCGGUUGGCGGUACACACGUCGGAGAGGUUGGCGGCACAGACGUCGGAGGGGGUGGCGGCACAAACAUCGGAGGAGUUGGCGGCACAGACGUCGGAGCAGUCGGAGCAGUCGGAACACACACCGGGGCAAUGUCCGGGGUCACCUUCCCAGUCGCCGCUACCCCCGGCGAGCGCGGAAAACCCGUACGACCUGCGCGUCGAGUAUGAAAUUCUCGAGGUACAGUUCAACCCCGCGGAGGAGGAGUCGCGCCUGUACGACCCCAGGGGGAGGAGAAGCGGAGGCAGCAGUGCGGUAAUGGACAGAACGGGCAGCCACAACGACUGCAGCCACAACGAUUGCAGCCACGAAUGCAGCGAGAGCGAGGGGGAGUCCCCCCUGAACAGCUCGGCCAGCGACAUAUCAGAGGGAGAGUAUGAUAAAAUGAACUUCUACAGAGAUAAAAUGAGCCUCACCAAAAGCACAGAGGAAGACACAGAAAAAAAAAAAAAUGGAGAGGAAACCCCCCACUCCACACAAUUUUCUGUAUUUAAUAACAAAAGGAAGAACCUACAAAAAUACGUAGAGACACUGUUUAGCGAGUCGGUGAUGAACAAGUUGGAAAAAAGACGAAAAAGAUAUCCCACGUGCUUGAGCAUAAAUCUGGAGAGAGACAAAAGGAAGGAAGAAGAAAAAGAAAAUGCGGAGGAGGAAAAAAAAAAUAAAAAGAAUAAAAUAAACACUGGGAAGAGUCUCGAAAUAAAUAUUUCUUGUGUAGCAAAAAUUAAUGAUAAUGGGUUUGUCCUGACAACUGAGGGGAUCAAAAAUAAUUGCAUCUUUUUUUUACACCUUAAUGGAAGGAGGUGCAGAGCGGAGAGUGGGAGGUGCAGAGCGGAGAGUGGGAGGUGCAAAGCGGAGUGUGGGAGAUACAAAGCGGAGAGUGGGAGGUGCAAAGCGGAGUGUGGGAGAUGCAAAGCGAAGAGUGGGAGAAGAAAAACCAUUUUGCGCCCAACUGUGGUGUACAAAAUUGCCAGAAAGAAUUUCCCCGAAAGGGUAUCCAUAGUUAGCAUGACAGUGAAUGAAGCGAACCACCUACUGUUCUGCUUAACAAACCACAACAACAUUUUUGUCUUCUCCACAAAAUAUUUUUUUUUAUAUUAUCGAGUUAAAAUCCCCAUGUAUGAAAAGGUCAGAAAUAUUUACGUAAACGAAGGAGAAAAAAAAAGGCAGUACAUUUUUGUCAGUCUAGGAAAUAAUUACAUAAAAUUAGAUUUUCACUUUUUUUUUGUGCACCUGUUUAAUGUGUUAAAGAGAUACUAUGUGAGUGCACACCGAUGGGUACAACACUUCGGGAGAGGUACACAAAUUGAAAAGUCCAACUCAUCGGAAAUACCACACUUAACGAUCGACUCAUUGUACCAAUUUUUGAUCGAAGAAAUUCAUGACUAUAUUGUAGAAGAAUUUGUAAAAAAAAAAAAAAAAAAAAAAAAUAUAAUUCCUUUCACGUUGGAAGAUAUCCACUCUGAUGUAGCCUUCCUGAUGCACCUUUUCAAAAAUGAGCAACGGAUGGAAGGGGAAUUAUGCGGAGGCACCAAAGGGGGGCAAGUCCCAAAGGAGGGGACAAUCCCAAAGGAGGGGACAACCCCAAACGACCUUGAAGGCAAUGAUAGAGGACGAUCCGAACGUAACGAUAUCACGGACAUUUGGAACUUCAUCCAAAAUAACAACAAAGAAGGGGAGAAGGACAAAAUUGAAGAACAGAAAAAAAAAAUAAAUCUUAUUUUAAAUUAUGAUCAACGUAAUAUGAAUACAAUUUUUAACACCAAUGAGGUGGUCCAAGAUGUAGAUAUUUUGUACAGUUUACGUGAAACGAAAGAAGCAAAGGAGAAUGAAGAAAAUAUGAAGAGAGCACUUUUACAUAAAAAAAAUAUGAACAUGAAAAUUAACAAGCUAAAAAAAAAAUACAUGAGAUUUUUAAAAAAAAAAAUUUCUUAUCGAUGUAGACAUGUCCAAAAGGAUCUACAAAAAUAUCAAGGGAAAAAUAAAAGAAUACGAACGAGUGUUUUCGUACAAUCAACGUGAAUGUACUUGAAAAAUGAGCGCCUGAACGAAUUUGUGAAAAAAAAAAAAGCUAGUAAGAAGAAAAUUAAAAAAAAAGUCCAACUUAUGGAGCAGGUCAAUCACUCCCUUCAUCAAUUUAAUGAAACCAGACAGAAAAAUCAAAAGUUAAAAAUUGUCAACAAUGAAGAAAAAAUUGAAGAAAUAUGUCACAAGAAGAAAAUUAUUCAAAUGUACGAGCAUGUACUUGCUCAGCUGGACCAAAUGGAAAACUCUGCAGUACCCCCAAGGCCCCCCCGACGGAUAUCCAGCAUAACCGAGAUAAUUCGGGAGUACGAAGAUGACAAGAGGAAGCUCCUGCAACAGAUUAACUUCAUCAAGGAGAUGUUCAACGAGGACUUUCGUGCGCGAAUGGCGCAGAUACACGAUGAAGUACUUUUUUUGAGGGAGGUCCUGGAGAAGGAAAAGGCGCCAUGCGGUAGAGCGGCGAAAGGGGAAGUAGUCGAGCCCCAGGAGAGGAGUGCUUGCCCCGAUUCUGCUCAGAUGGAAGCUACCUCCCCAGAGAUGGGUGCCUCCCCCGAGGUGGGUGCCUCCCCCGAGAUGGCUACCUCCCCCGAGAUGACCUCUCCCCAUUCCAAGCAAGUGGCCACGCCGAGCGGAUCGGAGAAGGCACCAUGUUCCGUGUUGGACCACCUUAGCCAGUUUAUCCUGAAGGAGGAAAAGAUGAUGAAAGGAACAAGCGUGCCUAAAAUAAAAAGUACCAAUUUUGAGCGGACCUUCUUUGAAAGAAAAUACAAGCAUUACAACAAGGAGCAGAUCGAAAGACAUUUAGAAAAAAUCAGAAAAAAAUUUGCUCAAGAUUUGAAGCUGCUACACAUGAAAAAAAUAGAAGCCAUUCGGAUAAUAAAAUUUAUUGCUCUUAAAAUUAUUUCCAUUGAUGAGAAAAAUAGCAUAUUAAUGGAGCUACGAAAGAAGGAGAUAAAGUUAAGGAAGCAAAGGAAGCUCUUCACAAAGGAGUUGAGCAUCGUGGAUAAUGAGAUGAACAAAUACAUUCAGGAAAUGCAGAUGUUGGUCUACGACUUGGAUUGUCACCAUGAACAAAAGGAUAAGAACCUCCAAAGACUGAAAGAUAUGAUGGGAGAAGACAGCCUCUGCUACAGGACGCUUAUCAAGGGGCUGCGGAAAAACCAAGACGAGGCAUCCGACGAGAGUGACGGAGGGUUCUCCAAGGGGGGGGCGCCAGGAGAGGAAGAAGACGGUAGUGAAAAUCCAGCGAGCGAAUGUGCUGAACUUGGGAAAACACUGGAGAAUGGUCAGGCGGGGCAGACAGGUCACGUGAAUGGCGUGGAUGACACAGAUCACGCGGAUGACGUGGCGCUGCUGAAUAAAAACGGAGCAAACAAAACGGAUAAAAUCGAGAAAAUAAAAAAAGAAAAUAUAGCCAUUUUGAACGGAAUAAACAACAUAAAGAAAAAUAUAGAAUAUAAAAAAAACGAGCAAAGAAAAUUGCUGACGAAAAAAAAAAACAUCGAGAAAGAAGUCCACAUGCUAAAUGAAGAAAUGAAAAUUAUUGAAGAAGAUAAAAAGAAAAAUAUUUCCCAAAUCAAAUUCUACAUUCUUAUAAAAAUUUCAAAGUUAAGAAACAUAGACUAUUUGUAUGACAAAAAAAAGUACCGUUUAAAUUUGACCAACAAUUGCGUCAUCAUCAGCAGAGAGCAGUACAGUGACAUUAUGCAAAAAAUGGAAACACUCAUGCGCAGGAAGGAGGAACUAACUAGAGUCUAUACAGCCCUAAAAAGGGAAAAUGCAGAAUUAGAGCAUAGAAAUAAUAAGCUGCAUAAAAAUAUGGAUGACAAGAAGAAUGCGCUAAAAAAUAAAUUGAAAAAACAUGAUUUAAUUUUCGACUUUAACGACUUGGAAAAAAAAUAUCAGGAGAAAAAAAAAAAAGGAAUUAUACAAGAAAUUAAAAACACUGAAAUUGAGAAUAACAGACUUCUGAACCUCCUUCAUAAGGAACUCGGUCGGAAGACUGCUCAACUGAAUGACGUGCGUAGACAGAACACUCUCCUACUAGAAAAAAUCAACCAAUAUAUUCAGGUGCUCAAAGGGGAGGAGCAUAACAAAACCGGUUGCUAA